GCGGAUUUAAAAUGAGCCUCGACAGUUUGAAUUCACUCAACGGAAGUCCCUACUCGGCGCGAAAGCAUUGGCUAAAAGGGCAGGAACAACAGCACCAGCAGCACCAGCAACAGCAACAUAUCGAAUAUCGUUUCUCGCGACCGAUCAAGAUUAUGGACUACGAUAACGAGCGCUAUUCCUGGUCCGCGCCCGGCAGUCCUUAUCACAUUCGACGGCCAGCCUUCGAUAGGAAUAGACUAUGGAUAGAAGACGACACGAGUUCUGAGUCGGAAAUUGAACAUAAACAGCGUCACAUUAUUAACGACAUUGGAGCUGAAGAUGCCUUCAGCAAUUCGGAUCCACCUGCCUCAAUGCUCAAUGCGGGAACAGAUGCAGAACCGAAAUUUCCCAUUACGAUUCGAAGUGCACGCAGUCUGCUAAGUUUGCGGAUGCGUCGUGAUCCUCAGCAUCAGGGAACACGAACCAUUAAAGCCCGGCGUGUGAUUAACAAGAAGGGCGAAGGAAACGUGCAUCUGGCCCAUCUUCCGCAACGAUCGCUUCGAUUCGUGCGCGACCUUGCUACCACGUUGGUGGACGAACAAUGGCGCUACACGUUGAUGCUGUUUGUGUUGAGCUUCGUGGCCAGUUGGAUUUUUUUCGCCAUCCUGUGGUAUCUGAUCGCGUACGCACAUGGGGACUUGCUGAAGGAUCCCACCACCGGCAAACGGCUCGGUGAUGGUAACAAACCGUGCGUCGAGGGAACGGCCAGCUUUACCGGCUUUCUGCUGUUCAGUGUCGAAACGCAAGUGUCCACCGGGUAUGGCGUAAUCGUCCCCACGGAAGAGUGUCCGGAAGCGUUCUUUCUGCUGUUGGUACAGAUCAUCUUCGGACUGGUGAUCGGCGGAGCGAUGGUAGGUGUUGUGUACGCGAAAAUGAUACGUCUGCCAAAACGAUCGUACGAGAUGAAGUUCAGCAAGCGUGCCGUUAUCUGUAUGCGCGAUGGAAAGCUGUGCUUUGUUUUUCGGGUGUGUGAUCCCAAGCACCAGCACGUUAUAGGGACAAAGGUAACGGCCACCAUGCUUGAACCGCGACGCCAUCACGGUACGAACGUGAUCGAACGAUACGAAACACGUCUAGAGCUACAGAACAACGGCCGGAUACUACCACUGUGGCCCAUCACCGUGUGUCACGUGAUCGAUCGGUAUAGCCCACUGUACGAUAUAUCGGCGGCCGAUCUGCUUGACCGUAGGUUCGAAAUUGUGAUCACAAUGACCGGCAGUACGAUGACGACUGGUCAGGGUACGCAGGCUCGCACCUCGUACCUGCCGGUGGAAAUUUUAUGGGGACACCGGUUUCAAAACAUCAUCGAGUACGAUCCACAGCGUGAGAGUUAUGUUGCCAUGAACGAGCAGCUCGAUCUGCUGGAUGAGGUGGACACACCGCUCUGCAGUGCUCGGCAGCUGGAGGAAGUGAUCGAUGAGCUACACAACGAUCAGCAUCAUCGAAGUGAAGAGUACCCUAUGGCGGACGAUGAUAGCAGGCUUGGGGCUUCUUUUCGCUUCAAAAGCAGACUACGAAGCAAUCCCAGUUCCUUCGUGCGUUUCCACGACGUGUACUCGGAAGCGGAAGAAGAUGCACACAGUGUGGAUGAGGGUGGAAAAUCAUAUCAAGGCUCGCUAAAGGAAAGUCAAGCUGUCGCCUUUGCUAUCGAUGAUAGCACUGCGAUGGAACAGCUUGAAGAGGCGGGUGUGGAAUCAAAAGAUCGGCAAUAA